UACGUCCCUCCUCCAUCUUUCGUCACUUCGCUUCACUCACAGACACAGCUAUGGUCCUGCAUUUCUCAGCGGAGGAAGUCCCGGUCGCAAACUCUGAGUCCGGGAGCUCGCAGUCGUCCGAGGAUGAGCAAGAUCUCACCUGGGAAGACUGGGUCUCCGAUUCGAUCGAAAAUAGACCCUGCAAAUCGCUCUUCGACCAGGACAAGACGUUCGCGUCUGUCCCGGAGGCUGCAAAUCACGACAAGGAUGUGCACGGAGUCGAUUUAGAUGUGAUUUCUGCGCGUCUCUCUUUAGAUCCCUACCAACGUAUCCGCUUGAUCAACUGGAUACGAAAGGAGAAACCCGCACCAUCUGAGGUCCUCGCCCUGAAGGGCGACGAAUCCUUGUUUUCCUCGGAUGAAUAUCUGAUUCCUGUCAUCGAGGAUGAUCCUCUCCUCCAGGUCCACUCAGCGGACUGGUCGUCCUCAGAUGAAGAUGAACCCUCCGCAUCGACCCCCACAGAUCUCGAAGACGCGAAGCGGCGAAUCCGCGCACUCGCGCGCAAACUGCAGAAGGCGCGACAGGACUUCAUCGACUACCGCGCGUUCGUCGGCGAGCGCCUCGGGCGUUCGGGUCUCGUAGAGGCACUGACGGAGCCCGCCGCGCCCGGGUCCUCCACACACCUCGCGGCACCUCUCCGGGACGACGACUCACAUUACUUCCAGAGCUACGGCGAGAACGACAUCCACGCCGUCAUGAUCCAAGACAAGGUGCGCACCGCGUCGUACGCGCAGUUCAUCCAGUCGAGCCCGGAGCUCUUCCACGACGCGGUGGUGCUCGAUGUCGGCUGCGGAACAGGCAUCCUCUCGCUAUUCGCCGCGCGCGCCGGCGCCCGGCGCGUCAUCGCCGUUGACGCGAGCCCCAUCGCUGAGAAGGCGCGGCAGAUCGUGCGCGACAACGGCCUCGAGGACGUGAUCACCGUCGUGCGCGGGCGCAUCGAGGACAUCCAGUUGCCGGAGGAGGUAGCGGAGCACGGUGUGGACGUGAUCGUGUCGGAGUGGAUGGGCUAUGCACUGCUCUAUGAGAGCAUGCUGGACUCGGUGCUCCAUGCACGCGAUCGGUUCUUGCGCAAGGAUGGAGGUGUGAUGGCCCCGGGCCAGUGUAAGAUGCAGCUCUGCCUGUGUGAGGGCGCGGAGAUCUUCAAGGAGCGCGUAGGGUUUUGGGGCGAUGUUUAUGGUUUCGACUUGUCCGCCAUGGGUACUGACAUAUACGACGACGCGAUCGUCGACGUCGUUGGCCCUGAAACGGUCAUCAGCGAACCAUGUACCGUCAAAGACCUCGACCUCGCUAGCAUCACCCCGAAGCAGCUCGACUUCUCCGCGCCCUUCACGCUCACGUCCACAUCGCCGCAGCGCACGAAGGCGCACGCGCUCGCGCUCUACUUCGACGUCUUCUUCACGGCCGACGGCGCGCCCAUCGCACCCGACACGCGCGUGCGCGUCGUGCGCGAGGGCGACCCCGUCGUCGCGGAGGUCUGGCCGCUCGGCGGGCGGCCGCACCCUGGGCGGCGAAUGAGCUCCGGGCAGGGGCUGAAAGACGGGGAGGGCGCGAAGCGGCGCGUGACGAGCUUUAGCACGGGCCCCGCGAGCGUUCCGACGCAUUGGAAGCAGACGCUGUUUUUGUUGAAGGAGCCGAUUACGAUGCAUGAAGGUACGGUCGUGCAGGGGACGUUCAAGUGCCGCAAGUCGUCAGAAAACUCGCGUGAACUGGACGUGGAGAUACACUACACGGUGAAGAACCCGGACGAGGAGGGGCAGGCGCCGGGUAAGGUGAUGGUGCAGUUGUUCAAGGUGCGAUGACCGUGCCGUGCAGAGGCGGGAAUAGUGAAAAGAGAUGGGCGAUGGACUGGGGGCGGAACGAAUCUUGAAGACAUAUAUUAUUGUAUGAAGUAUUGUCACCCAAGACGUCAAGCGUGUAAUCCAAUAGCUGCGAUAAUGAAACCUGACCUCAUAAUGCCUUGCAGAUGUGUAUCUGAGGCUUGU